AUGGACCAGACGAGACGCAAUAGGAGGGAGAUGAGCGCGUCCGAGGCCACGGCGUAUGGGCCCGACCGGCGACGAGACGAUCGCAACCUGCCCGCGACCAUCAGGACCGUCACCCCCGAGCCAGAGUCAAUACCUGAGGACAGCAUUGCCAGCCCAAACUUGUCACCGCCGAAUAGCCCCCGCUCGCACAACAGUCAGCCAGUACGCAGCGGAAACCCUCGUGCCUUUGUGGCCCGCGCUUCGAGCGAGACAGACUACAGGAAUGCGCGCGAGCAAACAAGACCGCGUACCAGGACUUUGGAGGAGAGGAGUACAAGGGAUAGGUCGCCGUCGUCCCUGUUUGUGACGGGUCGUCAUCGCAUUGGCUCCGUCGCCAGCUCGACGUCCACGUUUCAGAGCCUCGAGGAGUCCGUCGUGACGUCCAUAGGCCAUAUCUCUACCAUAUCGCCUCAGUCGCAGCAGCCUCCGCCACGGACAUCGAGCGCCAGCAGCCGCAGCCGCCUCAUCAAACAGCCCCCACGCACCGCCUCGCCCGCUACCUCGGCCUCCAAUGCCCAGCCAGAGUCUUGGGUCUCGCCUGUGCCGGCCUCAGACCUCAGGAAGCUGAAGGCGCUCAUGCGCGCUACCUGUGGGAAGAUGCAGGGCUUGUUGGCAUUCCGGCGGGGCGAGUCGAAUCCGUGGGCGCUAUCCUACUGCUACAUCAACGAGGAAUUGGGCAGUCUGGUAUACGAGCCGAAGAACGACACCUCCUAUACCCGGACGCUGAUACCAGACCUGCGAGGUUGCCAUGUCAAGAGCGCAUAUGACGGUGAAGCAUACACGGCGUACAUCCAUGUCGUGGUACACAACUCAAAGCUCGAGGUGCAUCUGCGACCGCCCACACAAGAAGAGUUCGACUCCUGGUUUGCUGCGCUGCUGUGUUGGUCCCCCAUACGACCCAAGGGCAUCCAGAACAGAAUGGCAAAACCGCAGGCUCCGGUGAUGAUGGAGCGGCGGUUGGCCGACAGCAGGCGGCACUCGGAAGUGUCGCUACUUAAAGAAACACCGAAAAAAGAAGCACCCAUCAUCAAAGUCGGGAAGAUGAUAUACUGGGACACUGGCGUGACGUACAGCAGCAACACAGGGACGCCCAAGGCUACAGGUUCCGGUUCCCGACCUCAUGCAUACCGAAUUCAGAGUCAUGGUUCUCGCCGGUGGAGAAGAGUCUCUUGCACGCUUCGCGAGAACGGAGAGCUCAAGCUCUAUGCUGACACUGAUGUCACCCUAGUUUCCACUGUCCAGCUUUCCCAGCUUUCGCGAUGCGCCGUUCAGCGACUAGACCCUUCUGUUUUGGAUAACGAGUUCUGUAUUGCCAUAUAUCCCCAGUAUACCGCCUCGUCUUCGGCUUUGUCAAUGUUACGGCCCAUCUUUCUAUCCCUAGAUUCACGAGUUUUGUAUGAAGUCUGGAUCGUCCUGCUGCGCGCCUUUACUGUUCCACAACUUUAUGGGCCAAAGUCUAGUGAUGCUUUGAACGAGGAGGGCACGUUGUCACCGUCGUUUGGGACGCAAGACAUGUUUCGCAUGGAGAAGUCCCUUUUUAUCAGAGUCAUCGAGGCAAGACUGCUUCCACCUGUCAGCCCGAAAGUCUCUGAAAAUACGACGCCCAUCAGGCCAUCGUCAUCCGCCACAACAAACCCAGGGGGAUACCUUGUAGAAGUAUUACUGGAUGGAGAGACACGUGCCCGGACUACGGUGAAAAACGAGGGCACCAAUCCGUUCUGGAGAGAAGAAUUCGAAUUCUUGGACCUUCCCGCACUUCACACAGCUUCGAUAUUCCUGAAAAGGCGACCGCCAAGUUACUCUAGAAACGAUAAGAACGCGUCUGAGACUGCUUUGAGCUCCGAUCCAUAUGGAGCAGAGGGUGGCUAUGCCGGCAUAUCAUUUGAUCAAAUGGUAGGGAAGACCGACAUUUAUCUCGACGACCUAGGUCCGAAUCAAGAGAUGGAGAAGUGGUGGCCACUUGUCAAUAUGUAUGGUAAUAAUAUUGGCGAGGCUCUCAUUCGAGUCAGCAGCGAGGAGUGCGCGAUACUCAUGGCUCGUGAUUAUUAUCCGUUGUCAGAGCUCCUCCAUCGCUUCUCAAACAGCCUAACAUUACAGAUCGCGCAGAUGAUCCCGAACGAACUGAAGAAGCUGUCAGAGUACUUUCUGAAUAUCUUCCAAGUGUCGGGGGCGGCCGGAGAGUGGAUCUGUGCCUUGGUCGAGGAGGAAAUCGACGGGACGUUGAAGGAGUCACCAGCAAGCCGACUUCGAUUCAGCAAGAGACUAGGAUCGAGCGAGUCGAAUGAGUCUACAAUUGGCACCUUCGGCUCAGCAAGCGAUCGAGAGCUCUUCGUUCGAGACAUGGGCAAUAAUGCAAAACUAGAGGCCAACCUCCUUUUCCGCGGUAAUACUCUAUUGACAAAAUCAUUGGAUCUUCACAUGAAGCGACUAGGCAAGGAGUAUCUGGAAGAGACACUGAGCGAUAAGCUAAGGGAGAUCAACGAAAAGGAUCCCGAAUGCGAAGUGGACCCGAACAAAGUUACUUCCCAACAUGAACUGGACCGGAAUUGGCGGCGAUUGAUUAACUGCACUGAAGAGGUCUGGCGGGCUGUUUAUAAUUCGGUAUCGCGAUGUCCCCAAGAGCUUAGGUUGAUCUUCAGGCACAUCCGGGCAUGCGCUGACGAUCGAUAUGGCGACUUUCUCAGGACGGUGCAGUAUAGCAGUGUCUCUGGGUUCUUGUUCUUGCGAUUUUUUGUUCCGGCAAUCCUCAACCCAAAACUCUUUGGCUUGCUCAAUGACCAUCCCAAGACAAAAGCUCGAAGAACCUUUACCCUCAUCGCCAAGUCCUUGCAAGGUUUAGCCAACAUGACUUCGUUCGGCACGAAAGAGGCCUGGAUGGAACCGAUGAAUGCCUUCCUCACGUCACAUCGCCUGGAGUUCAAGAAGUACCUUGAUGACAUUUGUUCAAUCUCGACUACAUCGUCACCCGCACCUCCGAUCCCACCAUCGUACAGCACGCCAAUUGCUAUCCUUCACCGACUUCCUCCUACAUUUAAAGAAGGCUUUCCUUCGCUUCCGUACCUAAUUGACCACUCACGCAACUUUGCCAUGUUGGUCAACCUAUGGCUAGAAAACACCCAGAAAAGUGCACAGGACAUACAAGCGGGCGACGGCGAUCUUUUGCGGUUCCAUAACAUUUGCGUGUCGCUCAACGAGCGCACAAAGGACUGCUUGAACCGAGCGGAGCCCGCAGAGCGCCCCUCCUCAUCCUUGAGCGUCAAAUGGGAGGAGCUGGUGGAGCAGUUGCAGGGAACAAGCUUCAUUGAAUCGGGACGAGGAGCAGCAACCAGGAACUAUCGAGGUCCGAUCAAAGAGGAAGAGUCACCAACAUCCCCUGGGAAUGGGGAAGAUUACUCGUCGUCUUCAACAAGCACUCCCAUCACCAUGAAGCCACCACCCAAGACAAGGCACCAGCAUACUUCCAGCAUCUCAGCGUCUGCCAGUUCUCUCAAGAGUAAUAGCUCUACCACUAUUACAUAUACGAACCCUUUCGCCUCCAAGGCUUUGUCGGGUCGCUAUGCACCAUCCGGAAAUGACUCCGUGUCCGCCUCACAGUCCGCUUCUGCUUCUGCCAGUGCUUCUGCCUCCGCAACUGAGGAUACACCACCGGGAUCCAGCGAUGGUUUACAUAUGGCUCCUGUUCCUGCGUAUCCGCCGACGUUGACCCAAACAUGCGUUUCCACAGGCUCUUUCAACUACAGCAAUCCAAAUGUCCACAUCAACAUGUCCAACGUCGCCCAUUUAUCUACCACUUCCCUUGAGCGACCACCCCGAAGUGCAGGAGGGCAGAGUAUGGAAGGCUCUGAGAACGGCAGUACACAGGAAGAAUACACAACGGCCCUUCCGGCAUUCUCUUCCAAAGAAGGAAAGGAUAAAGAUCGCAGAGAACGAUUUAGGGGCGUGCUGCCUUUCCAGCGGAAACGUAAAGAUAAGGAGAAAGACAAGAGCAAGGAUAAGGAUAAGGAUAAGGAUAAGGAUAGGGACAAAGAGAAGGGCAAGGACAAGGAUAGGGACAAAGAUAAGGACAGGGACAAAAGCGCGGAUCGAGAAGGACGUGGUACAAGUGCUUUGGGUGUAUAUGGCGACAAUGGGAGAGGCAAGAGCUUCAGGGAUAAGGAGAGGGAGAAAGGUUCUUUCAGGGACAAGGAAAGGGAUAGAGGGGCUAUCAGGGACCGGGAGAGGGAUAAGGACGAAAGAGGGAAGGAGGAGAAAAGAGAUGAAGAGUUCUGA